AUGCGGUCUGCACACUUGAAAGAACGCGAUAACUCCACUACGAAUGUUGAGUAUUUCGUUGCGUCCGAUGCGGCUGCAAUUAUUGAGCACACCAAACAAGUGCUAUUCCUAGAAGAUGAUGAUGUGGCUUUCGUUGAAGAUGGAGCGCUCACCAUCCAUCGCUUUACUCGUAAAGCAUCGGAUGCCACCUCGGAUCAAAAACGUGAAGUGCAGAAUCUGAAUUUGGAGCUACAGCAAAUCAUGAAGGGAAACUUCAAAACUUUCAUGCAAAAAGAAAUCUUCGAGCAGCCUGAUUCCGUAGUGAACACGAUGCGUGGACGCUUGUUGCCCAGUGGUCAGGUUGUGUUGGGUGGAAUUAAGGACUAUGUGGCGGAUAUCAAGAGGUGUCGUCGAUUAAUCAUGGUGGCUUGUGGCACGUCAUACAAUUCAGCUAUUGCUUGUCGGCAGAUUUUGGAAGAGCUGUCGGAGCUGCCGGUAGUGUUGGAAUUGGCGUCGGACUUCCUUGAUCGUGAGACACCGAUUUUCCGCGAUGACGUCUGCAUUUUCGUAUCACAAAGCGGUGAAACAGCUGAUACCUUGAUGGCGCUCAGGUAUUGUAAGCCGCGUGGUGCCCUUCUGAUUGGAGUUACAAAUACAGUAGGAUCGUCGAUCUGUCGCGAAUCACACUGUGGAAUUCAUAUUAAUGCUGGUCCCGAAAUCGGUGUUGCAUCUACCAAGGCAUACACUUCACAAAUUCUAUCACUUCUAAUGUUCGCAUUAGUUCUAUCGGACGACCGUAUUUCUAUGAUUAAUAGGAGAAGAGAGAUUAUAAAUGCUAUGAAUCAUUUGCCAGAUUUAAUCCGUGAAGUGCUAACUCUAGAUCAGGAGGUAUUGAAAAUUGCGGAGGAGAUUUACAAAGAAAAAUCACUGUUAAUUAUGGGACGUGGUUUCAACUUUGCCACAUGCCUUGAAGGGGCAUUGAAAAUUAAGUGUUGGAAUUGGCGUCGGACUUCCUUCGAUCGUGAGACACCGAUUUUCCGCGAUGACGUCUGCAUUUUCGUAUCACAAAGCGGUAUUGUAAGCCGCGUGGUGCCCUUCUUGAUUGGAGUUACAAAUACAGUAGGAUCGUCGAUCUGUCGCGAAUCACACUGUGGAAUUCAUAUUAAUGCUGGUCCCGAAAUCGGUGUUGCAUCUACCAAGGCGUACACUUCACAAAUUCUAUCACUUCUAAUGUUCGCAUUAGUUCUAUCGGACGACCGUAUUUCUAUGAUUAAUAGGAGAAGAGAGAUUAUAAAUGCUAUGAAUCAUUUGCCAGAUUUAAUCCGUGAAGUGCUAACUCUAGAUCAGGAGGUAUUGAAAAUUGCGGAGGAGAUUUACAAAGAAAAAUCACUGUUAAUUAUGGGACGUGGUUUCAACUUUGCCACAUGCCUUGAAGGGGCAUUGAAAAUUAAGGAGUUAUCGUAUAUGCACUGCGAAGGAAUAAUGUCGGGUGAACUGAAACAUGGUCCAUUAGCGAUGGUUGACGAGAAAUUGCGUAUUUGUAUGAUCAUCUGUAAGGACACGGUGUAUUCGAAAUCGCUGAAUGCCUUGCAACAAGUGGUAGCCAGAGGCGGAGCGCCGAUUAUUAUUGCCGAUAAGACUGUGCCAGAAAAUGAUCUGGCUGGUAUGAAGCAUAUAUUGAGGGUUCCAAAGACCGUCGAUUGUGUACAGAAUAUUCUCACUGUUAUUCCUCUUCAACUAAUGUCCUAUCACAUUGCUGAACUUAAUGGAUAU